AUGUCGCCUCCGAGCCCUGUUUUAGAAGCCGUUCGUUAUGAAUGGACGACGUUCAAUCAGUUCUUCGAACCUGAUGUAUACAGCGGAUAUCCUUCUUCAGCGUCAGAGGCGGCAUGGGCAAAGUUAUGGGAUUUUGGUGCCUUUAGCGUAUCACUUGACUCACUCGGCAGUCUAAACAAGUCCUCGAUGAUUGGGGAUUUCCGACUCGUGGGCGAAGAUCGAGGCGGAGGCGUUGGCGGUUUACUCGAAGGCGCACAUCAAAUACACUGUCUGAACCUUGUGCGACAAUUCAUCUACAGAAAUCACUGGGACUAUAGUAAACUGCCUUCAUUUAGCGGCGGAGACAAAACGCGUCGGCAUCAUGUCGACCAUUGUGUUUCGACUCUACGGAUGGUUCUGACAUGCUCUAGCGACGUAACGCCGUAUGUCCUGGAAACCUCAGCGACGGGGAAAAUAAUGGGAAAAGAGCUUCCUCGCAAGUGCCGUGUAUAUCCUGACCUAAUUCAAUGGGUCAACGGCCACUCUGUUUUCAGCUCUGUAGAAUAA